GUUAGGCAAAUCUUCUAAUUCUUGCAAACCACUGAUCUGCUCAGAGAAGCUUCUCUAAAUCUACCGUAGAAAUAAGGGAAGCUUUGUGCCAAUUGUCAGCGCUAAGCAGAAGAUUAGGAGAGAGAGGAGAAGUUACGCAUUUGCUGGAUCCCACACGAGAGAGUCAAAGAAGACCUCAAAUUCUGGAGAAAAAUAACCUUGCAAGGAUUACAAAAUAUACUUCCUACUGCAUUUUUUUGUCUUACUAACCUCUGAUGACUGAAACAUAUGGCCCUGGGCCUGCAGAAAGUCCAUUGAUUAUCAAACUACUCAUCAUGCAUCAACUGUUCAGACUGGUUUUAGGACAAAAAGAUCUUUCACGAGCUGGGGACCUCUUCUCCUUAGAUGACUCCGAGAUUGAAGAUAGCCUGACAGAAGCUUUGGAGCAAAUUAAAAUAAUUAGCUCAUCUUUGGAUUACCAGACCAAUAACAAUGACCAGGCAGUGGUUGAAAUCUGCAUCACGAGAAUCACAACAGCCAUCAGAGAGACAGAGUCGAUUGAAAAGCAUGCAGAGGCCCUGGUGGGGCUCUGGGACUCCUGUCUGGAGCACAGCCUAAGACCCUCUGGGAAAGAUGAAGACACUCCCCAUGCAAAAAUUGCUUCUGAUAUCAUGAGUUGCAUUUUACAGAAUUACAACCGGCCCCCUGUGAUGGCAUUAGCCAUUCCCAUCGCAGUGAAAUUCCUCCACAGAAGCAACAAGGAACUAUGCAGAAAUAUGUCCAACUACCUGUCCCUGGCUGCGAUCACCAAGGCAGAUCUCCUGGCUAAUCACACAGACGUUAUAGUAAAGAGCAUACUCCAAGGCAAUGCCAUGCUGUUGAGGGUGUUGCCCGCAGUGUAUGAAAAGCAGCCUCAGCCAAUCAACAGACACCUGACAGAACUCCUGGCCUUGAUGUCUCAGCUGGAACAACCAGAACAGUACCAUCUUCUCCGGCUUUUGCAUGUAGCUGUGAAGAGAAAGCAACCAGAGGUGGCUCAGAAAUGUAUUCCUUUCCUAAUUGGGCAUUUGAAAGAUUCGACCCAUAAUGAUGUCAUCCUAAACAUCCUCAUAGAGAUAGCAGGCUAUGAACCUGUGGCUUUGAAUGGUUUUCUUCCAAUGCUGAAAGAGAUUGGUGAGAGAUUCCCCUACCUCAUCGGACAAAUGGCAAGACUCUACGGAGCUGUGGGGCAUGUGGAUGAAGAGAGAGCCAGGAGCUGCCUGCCUUUCCUGAGCAGAGAUAUCUUCCGCAUGAGCAACAGCUUCACCACGAUUGCCAGGCUCCUUACCCAACAACUGGAAACUGCCAAGGCCAAAAGCAGCAGGAAAAAAACAAGCACUGAGGUUGAAAUCCCUGAGAAGCUGGAAAAAAUCAAGCUCACUUUGGGAAAUGAAGACCAUGAAAAGCUGCAAUUUAAAAUACAGGCUUUUGAAGACAAAAUAAAUGCUGAGAGCAAUACUCCAAACUCUAUCAGAAGAUACAGUUUGGGCCAAUUUUCUAAGGAAGAAAGAAAGGACAUUAGAUUUAACAGGUCAAAGAGUUUGGCUUUGCACACAGCACUAACGAAGAACGAGAGUUCAGAUGAUGAGGAAGUAGUAGAGAGUGAAGAUAAGCCAACUAGCUUCUUUCUUUCAGAAACAGACCCACUUCGCCAAGGAAAUGAUAAGUUGCCCUUUAAGACAAACUCUGACAGAUCACAGCUGGGAAAUUCUUCAGUUUCACACUCAAGUAUUAUGCAUACAGAAUCAGAGAAUUUGCCAGAAACAGUUAAAGAAAACUGCCAGGAAGAAACUCCAGAAACAACUGCAAGUCCUGUAGAAUACCAAGAUAAGCUCUACUUGCACUUAAAGGAAAACUUCAGUAAAGUAAAAGCAUAUGCUAUGGAAAUCGGAAAGAAGAUUCCAGUCCCCGAUCAGUGUACUAUUGAAGAUUCUGUCAGAAGUUGUGUAGCAAAGUUGUUCUUCACCUGCUCCCUGAAGGGUCAUUACUGCCUCUACAGUAAAUCCAGUUUUAUACUCAUCAGCCAAGAACCUCAGCCAUGGAUCCAGAUCAUGUUUCUCUUUCAGCAGAGUCUGUUUCCUGAGCCCCUGUCCAUACAGAGUCAUUCUGUACAAUUCCUCAGAGCUCUGUGGGAGAAGACCCAGGCAGAAGGUGCUCACAGCUUUGAAACAGCCAUGAUGGAGUCCACAUUUCCACAACAGAAGGAUCUGGACCAGGUACAGCUCCAUCUGGAAGAAGUGAGAUUCUUUGAUGUAUUUGGCUUCAGCGAAGCGGCAGGAGCGUGGCAAUGCUUCAUGUGCAACAAUCCCGAGAAAGCGACCGUUGUAAAUCAAGAUGGCCAACCUCUUAUAGAAGGAAAACUUAAAGAGAAGCAAGUCAGAUGGAAGUUCAUCAAAAGGUGGAAAACUCGUUAUUUUACACUGGCUGGAAAUCAACUUCUGUUUCAAAAAGGAAAGUCUAAAGAUGAUCCUGAUGACUCCCCAAUAGAACUCAGCAAAGUACAGAGUGUGAAAGUUGUGGCCAGGAAACGCAGGAACCGCUCCCUCCCUCGAGCUUUUGAAAUCUUCACAGACAAUAAAACCUAUGUUUUCAAGGCCAAGGAUGAGAAGAACGCAGAAGAGUGGCUCCAGUGCAUCAAUGUGGCAGUUGCCCAAGCAAAAGAGAGGGAAAGUAGAGAAGUAACCACAUAUCUGUAGGGAUUUGCAAGCCGACCUCACACUGAUUGCAUACAAUGGGCAUUGCGCUAUCAUUGACCAUGUUAAGAAAAAGAGAUAAAUUCACCAAGUCACAUUGUGUUUUUCUAAGUACCAGUGGAAUUGUUUUCCCUAAGAAGCAGGACCCAGAAGUGGUGAGAUUCUUAUGCAUUUCAUAUUCUAAUAGCGCCUGCAUUAACUCUAGAACAUCUGUGUGACCCUACAGGAAAAGGAGCUACAAAUGGUAUGGGGCAGAAAGGGGAGAGUUGGGGAUCUAGGAGCCUCUGAAGAUAUGCCAUUGUACGUUGUAAAAACACAACUCUAUGAGAUACCUGAAAUACCUAUCCUGAGGAAAGAUUAAAUACUUCUGAUUAAAACCACAGUUUGCCAAAAGUAUUAGAAGGGAAAAAAAAAAGCUCUAUUGGGAAAAGUCAAAAUUAUCAACCCUAAGGGGAAACAUAGAACUUAUUUAUAGACAUAUAAUUGUGUUUUUUCUUUCUAAUGCAAAUAAGGCUAACACAUGGUAAAAUGGCCCUCAAGUGAAAAAAGUUAUAUAAUUAAAUGUCUUUCAGACAUUUAUCUGAUUAUUCCAUUUAGAUUCAUAUAAUAUAAUCUAAAAUGUAGGUUCUUGGAUAUAUCUCUUGCCUAAAGCAGUAAGUGUAAGCUAGGAUAGGCAUAGAAAACCAUUUUCACCAUCUUCAAAAUAUGGGCCAUUUCCAUAAAAAUUUGAGAUGUUGAGGUUCUAUACAUUUUUUCUUUACAUUCAAUCUUUUAAUAUCUCAAAAUUGCAUUCAAUGGUUUUCCCUUCACUCAUAUUUUUUAAAAAAUUAAGCUGUGGCAGGCAGAAUUAUAGAAUGAUUCCCAAUGGUCUACACUCUGACCCUCCCCUUGAAUGUGGUAGAAAUCAUAACUUGCUUCUAACUAAUAAAUUAUGAAAGAAAGAAUAGAACAGUCUCCUCCAUGAUUAUGUUACAUUACACGGCAAGGGUGAAGAGAUUUGUGGUUCUUAAUUAGGUGACUUUGAACAAGUCAAAAGGAUAUGACCCUGGGUGGGGCUGACGUUAUCAGAUGAGACUUUUUAAAAAGAGUGAACAGGUCAGAGACUCUCUCUUCUACUGGCCUUGAAUACGCAAACUACCACAAGUUCUACAGCUUCAAGGGAAUGAAUUUUGCCAAGAACCCGUGAACUUGGAAGAGGAUCCCAGCCCCUGCCAACACCUUGAUUGCAGCUUUGCGAAACCUGGACAGAGGACCCAGCUAAGGUGUGCUUGAAUGUCUGACCUAGAGGAAUCUUGAGAUAAUAAAUACAUGCAGUUGAAA